AUGAUGUGCAGUAGCAAGAGUUUGCUCCUGGCUGCUUUGAUGUCAGUGCUGCUACUCUACCUCUGCAGCAAGUCAGAAGCAGCAAGCAACUUUGACUGCUGCCUCCGAUAUACAGAAAAAAUGGUUCAUCCCAGACUUAUCGUGGGCUUCACACAGCAGCUGGCCAAUGAAGCUUGUGACAUCAAUGCAGUCAUCUUUUACACAAAAAAAAGAUUAGCUGUGUGUGCAGAUCCAAAGAAGCAUUGGGUGAAACAAGCUGUGCAUAUCCUCAGUCAAAGAAUUAAGAAGAUGUAA